UCAUUUGGGCCUAACUUGGGCGGGUGGCUGGCAUAAAGCUCACACGUGGCGGUGGGGCCCAGGCAGCUUUUGGCGGAAAGAUUUAUCAUAACAAUGGACUCUGAAAUUCUUCUGGAAAAGAUGCAUAGCAAAGGCUUCUCUGUAGAAAUAUGUGACAAAGAUGUAGUACAAUGAGGAAGAUUGGAUCCAGCACCCACCGCAAACACUAAAAGCCAUAGGUGCUGACAUCUUUUAUAUGUAUGACUUAGCAUGUACAUAAAAAUCAUGAAUACUCUCUUAUGCUUUCAGCCACCCUGGGGUAGUUAUAAUGUCUACAGCAACAUUAAUACAUGAAAAUCGUUGUUAUUCCUUCUUUUGAAAGAGAAUGAAGACAAGAAAGUCUUUUACAUAUUUAGUAUAAACAUCAUUACUUUUGGAAUAGUUUUGAUCUUUAAUGGCCCAGAUUUGUGGAUGUAGAACUUGUAGAUACCACAGGCUGGCUGUGCUCACCAAGAAUAGAAUUCAGAUUUCACUCCCUGUUUCUAACUGAUUCUCGGUUGAUGAAAACACAUUGCUUCUCAAAAAAAGAAUUCAACAAUUACAAGGAGCUACCUCCAGAUAGUUUAACAGUUUUAUUCUUCAUUAUUGUCAGAAAAUCUAAAUUUUCAUUCAUUUUUCCAAGGGGGAGUACAAAUUUAUCUGUUUUCUCUUUGGUGGAAAAUAGUCAACUUCUCCUUCAAUUAACUUUUGCUGACCUAUAGCUCUUUCAGUCAGUUUUUCCUAAGCAUUUGUUAUAUGCCAGAUACAGUUGUUGGGACACAGGACACAGUACACAUGUAGGAGACACCAGGCCUCAUGCUGCACACACACUGUGGAUGACAUGGAUGGUUUGCAAACCUAACGUGGCAGAAGGAAGGAAACACUACGGGAGGAAUUAAAAGGACAGAAGUAGUUUUUACAUGGGGAGGAGUGUAGAGUGUUUUGCUUUGUUUUGUUUUGUUUUUUGAUUGGUGGUCUGGAUGCAUUUCAUCCAGGUACUGGCGUUUAUACAAAAUCUGUGCAGCAGCAGGUGGAGGUAAACUGCUUGUCAUAUUUCAAGCAGGCCAACAAAGCCUGCAGUGCAUUGAGAGAUGGAGACAGUGAUACGUGAUGGAUUCUUUUCUGUCUUGAGCAAAAUGUGGAAACUCACAAGCCUUCCAAGUGCAGCAAGGUUGGCUAGUUCAAGUCUAACCUGAAGGAAGAUGUCAAAACAGAGAAGCAAGUGGAGCCAAGGAGAUUUCUUGAGAGAGAGAUAAUGGAGUGUUCGAGCAAGUAAGGAGUCAAGAACACAUCUAGGGUGCAGCUGUGGGCCAUAGCACAUCUGGAUGGGGCAUGGCAGGAGAAGCUGGGCUGCACUGAGCUCACUCACAGAGCAUCUUUGCUUCCUUGCCUGGAGCGAAGGAACUCGAUUUAAAUCUGUGCAUUGCCAGGGGCAGAGAGCAGACAACAUGGAUAGAGAGAAGUUUCAGCAGAAGGCUGUGAAGCCAACUAAGCAGAAGAAAUCCACGUCGGCUGAAUUUCUGAUGGUUGAAGAAGACGGAGAAGCUGCACAAGGUGCCGGGAAUCCAGGUUUUAACAUGAGCAGCCCAGAACUCUCAGCCCAUCAGACUCCAAAAGAGAAAGUGAUUAGACAUGGCAUGCUGGAUCACACCCUUGCAGCUCAUCAACAAAAAUCUAGGCUGCCAGCCUCAGCAGGACCCAAAGGAAAUGAAUACAGCAGAAAUUACUUUGACCCACCGACGGAGGGGGAAAUAAACUCAAGGCAGUGCCGGAUGGAGGUCAGCAGACAGGAUGGAGGGACGAAGGAAGAGAAACUGGAUCAUGAAUCACUCAGCUUUCCAAGUAAGAACCAGCAUACUCACAAAGAGGCUGAGGAGGCCACUUCCGCAUGCACUGAAGAGUCUGAGAGGCAAGGUGGGAGAGGCAUCAUUCUGCUUGCAGACCCUCCAUCAGGACAGGAUUUGAAAUUUAAAAGUAAAAGACUCAGCCAGAACAUUCCCAUGUCAUGUUUAAAGGAAAAACCAUUUGAGAAGGCUCCAAGUCAGCUGUGCGCUGCAGAUGGGAAUCCUUAUACCAAGGACAGUGUCAUAGGGCCAUAUUCAUGUCCACAAGCAGCCAAAGAAUCCCAAAGAGCAGAAGGAGCUUGGCGCAAGGGUGAACAGUCUCAGUUGCUUCGUCUACAAAUACAGAUCAGCUGUAUCAGGGGCCUCAAGAACAAGGCUCCCCAAGGCUCCUACCUUCUCAGAGUGUCUCUGCUCAACCAGCUGGGGAGCUGUGUCUCACAGUGGUGUCAAACUGAGCAGCUGAAGACGAGAACACGCCCAGUUCGUCAUGGUGGCAACUUUUAUGAUGUGGGGCUGUAUUUCCAUGAAAGACUUUCCGUGGUACUUCCUCAAAGGAUAUCAGUGAGACCUGGCUUGUCUUUUUUGUUCGAACUCUUCCUUCUCCGUGGAACAUGUGCUAACAGUGACCUGGUCGUUGGCUGGGCAGCAUUUCCCAUGUGUGAUAACAACUUCCGGAUAGUGGAAGGAAAAUUCAAGUGUCCCCUUCUCCGAGGAAAUUAUGACCAGAAACUGGACAGCUUCAGGAAAAUUGAAGAUUUGAUUUGCCAAGAUUUGGAUCGGUGGCUGUGCAAUCUGUAUUUUCAGGUAAUUAAAACUCCUUUACAUUUGGAUGAUCAAAAAAGCCAUGAGAGCCGCAGGCAGCUUUCUCCUGACCGUCCUGUGUGCUUAAUGGCAAAAGCAGAGAAUGCAGAAUUCAAUUUGGAUAAUACAGCUGGCCCUUCAAAGCAAGAAGCCCAGAGAAGCACUCAUGCUGCAAUGGACCGUGCCACCCAUUCUUCUCAGGGGAACAUUUCUAAUAAAACUGAUCGCUGCCCUAGGGACUGUGAUCUCAGCCUCUUCAAAGAAGUCCAUGGCUUCCACACUAAGGAGGGAGAUCAUUCUGUGAAGAAUAGAUCUACUGUGUGGAGACCAGGAGAGCCUGAAGAUUAUUCAGGGGAUAUGUCUUACCUGGAGGAAUUGGAGAAACAUCGACUUUCAGUUUGCUGCUCUCCCAUUGCAGAUGGCUGUGGUUAUGGAGAGGUAGCCAAGCACCUCCACUUUGCAUCUGUGUCCUUGUUUUCAGAACUUGAGUUAGCUCAAUGGCAGAGCCAAGGCUUCUGGUACCUCCUUCUGCUGAUGGCUUGUCUCUGGUUCCUGAGGCUCUACCUGCAUUACCUGGGCCAGUGGCUUUUCCUCUGGGUGCUUUCAACUCCAGUUACAAAAUUCCAGUUUUAUUCCUACACUGUUGAGCUCUGCUACUCUACUUCUUCACUUCACAUUGGAGAAGAGCUGGCUGUGAUUGCAUUGGGGCCCUUAGCUCUGAACACAAUAACAUUCCCCUUGCUUCUGAUCAGAUGGGGCUGUCAGCUCCUGUUCUCCUCCCGCCCAGAUGCCUUGUCAAAGCUAAUCAUCACGAUGGGACUAUGGACAGUUCUAGACCCAUUGGCGGUGUUUAUAGUGGAUACUUUCCUGGGGCGGCUUGCACAUAAUGGGGAGACUCCUAUUGCAGAUGCAGCUAAACUCUACUGGAUGUUUGUGAGAACCAAACACUCAGCCAUCCUUGGUGUCGUGAUCACAGUGGUGCUUUACACUCUGCUGUUUGUCAUCUCUUCCUUGAUUUUGUAUGUGUAUUGCCUCAGGUUGCACAAUGACUCUUGGAUAUUAGAUGCAUUUCAAAGAAUCCACAGUGAAGAAGCCAAGUUCUUCAUACCGUACGAUUUGGAAAUUUCCAAUCAGGAGCUAAGUCACAUCAUGAAAAGGUCUGAGCAGUGGAGAGGGAUCCAUGGCGAGAGAAGGAAGGUGGCACUGCACGAUUACAUGUGCAAAAGACAUGACACCAAGUCCAGUGUCUCCAGCUCUGACCCCCACCAUCAGGAUGGAAUUUCUGCAUCUGCAGUUGGUCCAGGAGGGGUUACUUCCCACAUAUCUGUAUACACUGUUUAUCCCAGUGGGUUUCAAGAGUUAUAUCGCCAUUUUCUUAGGCUCCCGGAUGGAGCCAUCAUUGAGGUAUUUGGUGAUAUCAGUGCCUUGAAGUUCAUCCCCAGCAAAGUGAUCACAGCUAUUGAGGAACACAUAAGGGAAAGGGAUGCUGUGCAGAGAGAAACCUUUGCUACUGCCCAAGAGAAAUGAGAUGGCUCCAUGGAAAUAAAAGGAGAUCAUUGGCCCAACUGGAAAGAUGAAUAUAAUUAAGGACAAUACUUUCUGUCUCCUGAGGGGCACCUGGGAACACACUAUUUCUUAAUCUACAGCAUUAUUGCAAGGCGUGGUUGUUGUUUACAAAUGGUAGUAUGUAGAGAGUUUUGUGGCUGUUGUUUCUUUAUAUUUGCUUUCCUUGCCUUUACAUGAAUGUUACUAAACAUUCAGGAUUAGAUGAUAGGUUCAGAAUUUGUGUUUGUCUAAGCCUUUGUUGAUGCUAUGUUUAUAUAGGUGUGUGGUAGGUAAAGAUUCUGGCAAAUGCUUCUCUCCGAGUUCUCUCUUCUUUUUAAAAAAGA